UGAUUAUCGAUAUCCAUCGGAUAUCAAUCGAACACCAUAUAGUACCUGUGAUGGUACAAAACGACCCGAUGAUAAUCGAUACCCAAUUCGUCAUUCAUAUCCUGGUAAUGCACGUUCAUGUGCUAUGGAAAUUAAUAUAAAAAUUAAUACUGGUGGUAGUGGAACUUCUCAAGGACCAUAUGCAACACAAAAUUAUACAUCAAAAUCACCAGAUGUUCGUUCGCAAGCAACUAUUGAUAAUGUUCGUUAUAUCACUUUACAUUUGCAAUCACCACAAAAUACGGCUCGAAUUGCAACGGAUGGUAUUAUAAAUCGGUUACAAUGA